AGAACAUACUUUUAAGGACGGCCACAUGUAGAUCUCGCACAACGUUUCUGGGAAGGAAGACACAUGACAAUGCGUGCAGCCUGCCCAGCAGCCCGUGCGUUUCCUGUAGCGCGAUCGCACUGUAGAAACGUUCUUAGAGUGAAACAUCCGCAUGGCAAAAUUCUUGCACCGGGGCAUUGGCUCCAGGCGCGGGCGUUUGUAACGGAGAAGGCCCCAGGAGGCCAUUGCCAGCCAGGAGCUGCAGAACGCGAGCUCAUCGUCCUUGACUUCAAUGAGCUAGCUGCUGGAAAGGAUCUAUCAGCCGAAAUCGAGCAGGCAUAUGGUCCUGACGGACUCGGCGCCCUAGUCAUCAAGAACGUACCAGGCUUCGUCCAGCACCGUGGACGGCUCCUCCGCUUAGCAGACGUAUUUGCGAGGCUUCCAGAGGCCGUCAAGUCAAAGUACGAGGAUGUGGCCAGCCUGUACAACGUGGGUUGGAGCCAUGGACGCGAAUCCCUAGAAAGCGGCCGGCCCGACACGCACAAGGGCUCCUACUACGGCAACCCACUUGUAGACGAUCAACUCAACCCCAAGCCCGGCGACGUGCUGAAGCCCUGGCUCCAUGACGCCAUCCCUUCAUCCGCAUCACCCACCCACAUUACCCACACGUCCGAUCAGCAGCAACAGCAACACCCUGCCAGCAGCACCACCAGCACCAGCAUCUUCAGCGGUGGCGGUGGUGGCCUAGCAGCAGGAGGCAAGCAGCUGAGCGAGGAGGAGGCGCAGCAGCUGCGGCGGCUGUUCCCCGGCUACUACCGGUCCAACGUGUGGCCGACGGAGGAGCUCCCGGAGCUGGAGGAGGCGUUCAAGCAGUUGGGGCGGCUGGUGUGCGCGGCGGGCUGCCUGCUGGCGGUGCACUGCGACAGGUAUGUUUCCUCGCGGCUAGGCACGCCGCCAGGCGAGGUGGCGGGUGUGCUGCAUCGCAGCUUGAACCCCAAGGCCCGACUGCUGCACUACUUCCCCGUGUCGGAGGAGGAGCAGACGGCCGCACAGCCCACUUCGGCACCGCCCGCCGCGGAGGGCGGGGCCCUGGCGCCCGUCAGCCACGAGGAGCCCUGGUGCGGCUGGCACAGCGACCAUGGCAGUCUUACAGGUCUGACAGCAGCCAUGUACAUCGACUCUGCGGGCAACGAGGUGCCGUGUCCCGACCCCACCGCGGGACUCUACAUCCGAGACAGGCAGGGCCGAGUGGUGCGCGCUGUCAUUCCGCCGGACUGCCUGGCCUUCCAGGUUGGAGAGGCACUGCAGGUGCACUCGGGUGGGCUGCUCAUGGCCACCCCCCACUACGUGCGGGCGGCGCGAGGCCCGGGGGCUGCGGGCGUGAGUCGCAACACGUUCGCCGUGUUCAUGCAGCCCAACGUGAUGGAGUCCAUGGAGUGCCCGCCAGGCGUGGAGGCGAAGCGUGUAGCCAUUGGGCAGUGGCGGCCGGGGCUCACGUUUGGGGAGUUUGCGGAGGCCACCUUUGACCACUACUACAAACGCUAGAGCCUGUAGGCGGCAACGCCAUGCAUGUCCGUGGACGCGGAGGCUAAGAAGCGGCCAGGCAUGCGUGCUAUGGCAGAUGGCGUGGUAGAGUAGAUACGCUUACCGGUACUGUGCCUGCCGUUAUCACGUUCCUACAUGCGAACACUCCUUGCCUCGGGAAGGAGGGUUCCUACAGACAUGCAGGUCGUUUGGUUCACAGCUUUUGGGUGCAUGAGUAUGCGAGUAUUGCAGGGGAGUCAGAACGAUUGCAUGAAUCAGCAGCUUUUUGUCUUGUACGACUAGUACGGUUGCCGGAUGGGCGGUUGGGGUUUAAACUCAUUCGGCAUUGUAACCCUGGUUGGCUUGCUGCUGUAAUGAGAACUAGUCUCUAGGCGGCUUUAUCCAGGGCUUCGUUGUCGUCUGUACUAUUCUGUAAGUGAUCCUUGCUUAACUGAAAGGAACUUGUAUAGGAGCUUGGGUGGCGCUUUGGGCAUUUCAUUUUGGCGUGAGUCAUCGGGUUAGGUGUUGUCUCGCAAGACGAGUGCAGUAAAUGUCUGGAGUUAGCAGCAUUAGCCCUGUCUCGGCAGCGCAAGGAUGGAAGGACAGGAGGGCAGCUAAGGCUUAAUUAGCGAUGGACAGUGAUUAUGUCGUCUUGCAAUAGAAAGCAGCUGACAGUGUAUCCGUGGCGACGAGUUGGGCAAAUGUAAGAUCCACACGCGUAGCUCGCUUGUCUAGGGUGAUCACUGAUCAGGGUAGAGUGACGGUAUAGAACUUGCUGACUGAAUGGUCACGGUGCUCUGGACUAUGUUAGAAUUCUACAUGCGACCAUGUCGAUGGGCGGGUGAGAACAUACUAAAGGGAUUUUAUAUGGGUGAGGCCGAGGUAUCGAUGCUGUAAGGUAGCACACG